AUGGGCAAAAAAACGAAGUCCUCCAAAGCUAGCAAGCCCGCCCUUCAAACACCCUUCGUACAGCUGACAAGGUCACUGUACCUCACGCUCUCGCCAUGCGCCUACAACUUUCCUCUCGAAGGCCUCUGUGCUGAACACAUCUCACCGCAUCUCCUCUCCUACUUCUCACCUCUCCGCGGCAUCCUCCUUGGAUACAGUAACCCUCGACUUUCCGAAAACCCAGACGAUGCGAUCAAAGCACACUCGAGCGAAGAAGCCAAGACAGUCAUGGCGCAGAGCAUUGCUGAAUAUGCGGUCUCAUACGUCUGGUUGACAUGCCAGUUCACCAUCUUCCGACCUGUCCGUGGCUCAACACUGGAAGGAGACGUCAAUCUACAAAGCGAGAGUGUGCUUGGGCUCAUGUGCUACAACUACUUCAAUGCUGCCAUUGAUCGGGAGAAGCUGCCCUCUGAGUGGAAUUGGGAUGGAGAGAAGUGGGUCGAUGGGGAUGGCGAACAGAUCCAAGGGCGAAUCACGUUCAAAGUGGAAGACUUCGAGGCAAGUGGGCAAGAUAGCAUCACGAUCAUGGGCACCAUGAAGAACGGUUGA